CAAGCUGCAUGUCAUUGUGAUGGACGAUACAGGGUCCGCUACUUUUGUUCUUUUUGAUCGCCAAGUGACGCAAUUUAUUGGGCGUAAUGUGCAGAACUUAAUCAAUGAACAUGAGAAGGGAGAAGGCACCAAUGAUUAUCCUCCUGAUUUUAAUGUGCUUAUUGAAAAGCAAGUUCUUUUCAAGGUUGAGGUUGGUGAAGGAAAUAUCGUGAAGAAGUAUAGGAAUUAUGCUGUUAAGAAGGCAUCUGACGAUGUUGGUGUCAUCGAACAGUUCAUGUCUAAGUAUAAUUUGGAGAAACCCAACGAUGGAUCUGUUGAAGAGCUUAGUGUGAAUGGUGUUGCAGCAAACAAUUAUAAUGUUGAGGAUGUACAAGAGGCUGAAGACUCAUGCAGCAAUACUUGUGUGAUUGGCACACGAACUAGCAAGACAGGUCUUAAGCGGUCCUCUGAUAGCAUUGACUCUGUAGCUGUUGAUCACGGUGAAGCUGGUCAGGCAUCGGUUACAAAACCUAACAGGGCUGUUCGUGUCAAGAUUGAGCCCAAAGACACUAGAGUUGUUCAACUUGAUCUAAUGCUGGAACUAUCUGCUUUGUUACCGAAUCUUCAAUCUCCAUGAAUCAGACAUUUAGGAUUCAGUUUUUUUCCUUUAUUUUUUUACAUUUUGGUCUUUAAUUUUCAUUGUAUUGCUGUGUUGGUUGUACUUGCUUAGCUCUGCAAACUUUUGUCAGUACACCUAAAUAAAGUUUUGUUCAA